UCCUCUUCCAUCUACAUCCUUUCUUCCUCUUUUCUCCAACCAAGAUUAAGGUGCUUUUGUUAGAUAAGUAUAAGUUUUAGUUAUGAAUCUUGGUUUAGAGUUUUGGGUAGUUUAAACUGAUCAGUAGAUCGAUGUAGCAACAUCUCGGUUUAGGAGCUUUUGGCACGGGACUUGCAUGCUCGUUGUAUGUACAAGCUAGGAUCUCGUGUUUUCGAUAAGGAGGGUGCUAGGGAGGUGUGUUACAUUAACAAUCUGUGGAACUCCAUUUCCCAUGCUGGGAUGCUCCAAAUGAGGUUGAUGCCUAUUCAAAGUAGCACGGCAGUGCUCACAAACAUUGUUUCCUUCAUAUAUAUUGGGAGCAUGCAGUACACUACCAUGAUAACCAGCCUUAUCA